UUUCAUUCCCAUUGGAGGUGAGGAUAUAACUCCAUAAAAUCUGCAGUUCCCCAGUGGUGAUCCUGGUUGUCAGUCAAACUGAAUACGCCCCUGUUCUGUUUGGUUGUCUCUUUCUCCUUCUCUUUCUCUGAGUUGCGGCGGUGGGUUGGAGCCGCUGUCCUCCUGAUCUGGCACGUUCCCUGCUAAAUUUUUCACUUCAAAAAUUGGAUUCCCUUUCCAAAAGCUCACCAGUUUGCAGCCCUGAUCAAAACCUGUAUUUAAUCUAAAUAUUACUUUACAAAUAAUCUGUGAAUAUAUCCCACAAUAAGAUGGCGGUGGUGAGCGGGGUCUCGGGGCCGGCCGUUGCCCGGCUCGAGGGCCGUGAAUUCGAAUACCUUAUGAAGAAACGCUCGGUGACCAUCGGUCGGAAUUCGUCGCAGGGCUCAGUGGACGUGAGCAUGGGCCAUUCGAGCUUCAUAUCCCGGCGACAUCUGGAGAUUUUCACUGCCGGGGAAGAUGGCACUGGUGGAGGAGACUUUUAUUUGCGAUGCCUUGGCAAAAAUGGUGUGUUUGUAGACGGGGUGUUCCAGAGGCGAGGGGCUCCUCCUCUGCAGCUCCCACGAGUGUGCACAUUCAGGUUUCCCAGCACAAACAUAAAGAUCACAUUCACAGCCUUGUCCAGUGAUAAGAAGGAGAGACAAGAAGCACCAGAGUCUCCAGUGAAGCCAGUCCAACCCCAGAUAUCACCGCUGACCAUAAACAUUCCAGAGAACAUUGCCCACCUGAUGAGUCCUCUGCCUUCUCCCACAGGAACCAUCAGUGCCGCCAAUUCUUGCCCAUCAAGUCCUCGGGGCGCGGGGUCUUCCGGGUACAGAGUGGGCCGUGUCCUGAGCUCCGACCUGCAACUCAUUGGGGACAAUUCCCAAUCGGAGAAUGACAAGGAAGCGUCAGGUGGUGACAGCCCUAAGGAUGACUCCAAGCCUCCUUACUCCUAUGCACAAUUAAUAGUACAAGCCAUCACAAUGGCACAAGAUAAACAACUUACACUAAAUGGAAUAUAUACCCACAUCACAAAGAACUACCCAUACUACAGGACAGCGGACAAAGGCUGGCAGAACUCAAUUCGUCACAACCUUUCACUGAACCGUUACUUUAUUAAAGUGCCCAGAUCCCAGGAGGAACCGGGCAAGGGCUCUUUCUGGAGAAUAGACCCGGCUUCUGAGAACAAGCUCAUAGAGCAGGCCUUCCGCAAGCGAAGGCCUAGGGGUGUUCCCUGUUUCCGAACCCCGCUCGGUCCCCUGUCCUCCAGGAGUGCCCCAGCAUCACCUAAUCACUCUGGGGUUUUGUCUGCCCACUCCAGUGGGGUGCAGACCCCAGAUAGUCUAUCUAGAGAAGGUUCCCCUGUCCCCAUGGAGGCAGAACCCAUUCCUGCACCUACCCCAACCACCGCAGCUGUCCAGCCUAAACUGGCUGUAAUACAGGAGGCCCGCUUUGCCCAGAGUGCGCCUGGUUCACCUCUCAAUAGUCAGCCAGUUCUAAUUACAGUUCAGCGGCAGCUACCCCAGGCUAUUAAGCCUGUGACCUACGCUGUGGCCACACCCGUGACCACCUCUACUUCCCAGCAGCCUGUCAUGCAGACGGUUCACGUCGUCCACCAGAUCCCAGCCGUGUCGGUCACCACUGUGGCAGAGCUGACGACUGCCAACACCUACACCGUAGCUGGCCAGGCUGUCGUCACUCAGGCCGCUCUGAUCAACCCGCCAAAAGCAGAACCAGAAGAAAAUGGUGAGCAUAAAGAAGUCAAAGGCACUGCCAACCGCAUCAUCCAGACCUCUCAGGCCACACCACUACAGACUGUUACGAUUGUGCAGCAGGCCCCCCUGGGCCAGCACCAGCUCCCCAUAAAGACCAUCGUGCAAAAUGGCACCCAUGUAGUGCCCGUCACCGCUGCCAUUCCAGGAUCGGUCAGCACCGCUGUUGCAAGCCCUUUGCACAUGCUGGCCACCCACGCCUCUGCCUCGGCCUCUCUCCCCACUAAGAGGCAAAAUGGCGACCAGGCUGAGCAACCAGAACUCAAGAGGAUCAAGACUGACGAGGGGGAGAGCAUAGUGAUCGCUGUGAACGUGGACAGGCCUGCAGCGGUGGUUGCCGAACAGAGCAGUCAGAACUAAAGGCUACGUCUUGACCGUACUGCCGUCAUUUUUUUCCUCCGCCUUUUAUUUUUCCCUCCCAUCCGUAUGUACUCCAAGGUGCCAAAAGGAGAAAAUAGAUUAAAGCAUCUCUGAACUUUGGAAUGUUACCACCCAAUGGGUUUAAAAGAAAAGUGACUCUUAAGGGGGAAAAAAACGGAAAGGGACAACCGCUGGAUAGACUGAAAUAAGUAGGUGAAAUUAAGACGAGUGACACAGGAAGCCUUUAAAGAAAAGAAAGUCCAUUUAGGAGGUAAGAUGAACUUGGACAUCCAGACUAAGGCCCACCAGGCUGUGCUGCACCUCUGUCACAACUACCUCAGUGCAGACUGGGAUUUGGGAGAGGGUCAACGGCAGGUCAGCCCCCUCGGCUCAGCACCGAGACUCUGGAUAAGCGGAAUGAAACCCACACGUGUAAUGACAACAUGGCUUUGCGUAAAUCCGGUUUUAAAUCGACAGCAUAUUUCACUAAGGGAACUGACAUGUGGAGCCAUUUCCUGUAUCUUGGCAGCUAGCCUUCAUGUUGACCUACCUAAUGCAGUUGUAGAUAUGCAGUAUUUUGUUGUUCAUGUGGAACUUAGGACUUCUGGGUGUAUCUUCAUUUCUCUAGGCACAAAACAAAUCCAGCAAAAACGGCAACAAAAAAAAGGAAACGAGUAUAAAUAGUGAGAUAUCUUACAUUUCAACCAAAAUCCCUCCACGUGUGCAUUGGACUCACAAACUGUGUUUUGUUAUGUGGACUUUUCAUGUUCAGUGAAAAAUGAAUGUAGGUUUGUUUUUCCUUUUUUAUUUUAUUUUUUUUAAUCUAUCAAUGGAGUGGUUUGGUUUUUGUCCAUUCUGUCAAAUCAAAAUGAAGUUUCUUUAUCACAUCUACAGAUAUUCAUAUUUUAACAGAUAACAAAUAAGAUAUAAAAAUAUCUCCAUAUGUAGUUAAUCAGAUGUUUCAAGCUUGCAUGUAACUAAUUAGAGAAAAUGUACCUGAGCCGAUAACAGAAAAUGAAACUGAAGAAAAAAUACCUACUAUGAAUCUGACCAGUGCUGCACUUAAUGUUUUCUUAUCGUUUCCUUUCUUACUCCUUGUUUACCCCAGUAUCUUUGCCAGUGUUUACUCUGUUGAAGUUGGCAGUCUCUUGCUUGAUUAUUUUUAUUGUUUUUGGCGACCGAAAAGUCUCUUCAGAUUGUAUUUGUUCAGAGGAAAAAAAGUGAUGUUCUGCUUAAGUGGGUAAAUGCUUUUUCUUUCGUUUUUUUUUUUGUUUUAUUUUUUUUAUAAAUUAAUUUAAAAACCUUACAUGAGGUCUAGCUUAUUCUCCAUGUCGCACUAACUCCUAUGCAUGAGGAAAGACCAAAUGAACAUCUGUGAUUACUGAGCAUAGCAGACUGGUUAGGAAAUGAAAGAAUAAAUGGACCAAACACUAA